AGUCGCAUGCUCCCAACGGGCACCCCUGAUUUUCUGUUUUUAUAUUUCUUAUAUUGUCCACAAAAAUGAAAAAAGCCAUAUUAAUUUAGAGGCCAUCCUAACCUCUUAUGGGAACGUGUAAUAAGCCAAAAUUGGGGACACAUAACUUGCUCAGAAAUACCUUACAUAGAUCUGUAAGAAAACCUACUUCAUCUGAAUUGAUCCUUACACAUUUCUCGUCUUCCUGUUUUGUGUGCAGAUAACUCUCCCCGUAGCUCCUUGGUGAAAUGUGUUCUCAUUUCAGGGAUGGUUGACCUUCAGGGAUGUGGCCAUAGAGUUCUCUCAGGAGGAGUGGGAGUGCCUGGACCCCGCUCAGAGGGCCUUGUACAGGGACGUGAUGCUGGAGAACUACAGGAACCUGGUCUCCCUGGCUCUCUCUCCCAAAUGUGUGAUCAAGGAACUACCACCAAAAGAAAACAGUAAUACAGGGGAAGUAUUGCAGACAGUUAUAUUGGAAAGACAUGAAAGCCGUGACGCCGAAGAUUGUGGCUUCAGAGAAAUCCAGAAAAGUUUUCAUGACUCUGAGUGUCAGCGGAGAGACGGUGAAAGAAAUUAUGAAGGUGUGCUCGUGACCCUUAACAAAAACCUGACUGGUAGAAGAGACGCAGGAAAUGAGCCGAUUGAAAACAGGUCUGGACUAAGCUUUCAGUCAUGUCUGGCUGGCGUGCAGAUACUUCAGACUGAAGGGGAAAUUUACGAAUGUCACCAAGUGGCGAGGUCUGUCAACGAUAGUGCCUCAGUUUCACUACUUCACACAAUUCUUCCAAGAGUCCCGACCAACAUCUCUAACGAACGUGGGAAUGAUCCCUUGCGUUCUUCAUUACUCACACAAGACCAGAAAGCGCGCAUCAGGGAAGAACCUUACACACGUGAGGAGUGUGACAAAGCAGUGAAUCCCGGUCUCCACCCCACUAGACGUCAGGUAAUCCAGACAGGAGAGAAACCGUAUAAAUGUGACAUAUGUGGGAAGGUCUUCAGUCGCAACUCGCACCUCGUACGUCAUCACAGAAUUCACACCGGAGAGAAACCUUACCACUGCAAUGAGUGUGGCAGGGCCUUCAGUGAGUGUUCAGGUCUUACGAGCCAUCAGGUGAUCCAUACGGGAGAGAAGCCUUACAAGUGUAAUGAGUGUGGCAAGGUCUUCAGUCAGAGCUCAGGCCUGGUGAGUCACCGAAGAAUUCACACGGGAGAGAAGCCUUACAAGUGCAACGAAUGUGGCAAAGCCUUUACCUAUGGCUCACAGCUCACUAACCACCAGGUAAUCCAUACCGGUGUGAAACCCUACAAAUGUAACGAGUGUGGCAAAGCCUUUAAUCAGAGCUCACAUCUCACUAGACAUCAAAUAAUCCACACGGGAGAGAAACAUUACAAGUGUGACGAAUGCGGGAAGGUCUUCAGUUACGAUUCACACCUCGCGCGUCAUCGCAGGACUCAUUCUGGAGAGAAGCCUUACCAGUGCCAUGAGUGUGGCAGAGCCUUCACUAUGCUGUCGAGCCUUACUUACCAUCAGGUGAUCCAUACUAGAGAGAAACCUUACAAAUGUAAUGAAUGCGGCAAGGUCUUCAGUCAGAGUUCAAGCCUGCCUAGUCAUCGAAGAAUUCAUACUGGAGAGAAACCUUACCAGUGUGAUCAGUGUGGCAGAUCGUUCAUUCAACGCUCCAACCUCACUAGACACCAGAUGAUCCAUACUGGAGAGAAACCUUAUAAAUGUAGUCAUUGUGGCAAGGUCUUCACUCAGAAUUCCAGCCUUGUAAGCCAUCAGAGAGUUCAUACCGGGGAGUAAUCUGACGAACGUAGGGAGUGUGACAACGCAUUUGAUUUGAAGUUCAAGCAUGAAUCGGCAUCAGAGAGCCCACACUAAAGAGAAAUCACAUAAAUGGAACGUGUGCGGCAGAGGACUUACACAGGCUUCGCAACUCACUAGACAUCGGGAUCUACAUCUCUGAUAAGACCACAUUAAUGUAAUGUGCAUGCUAAGGCUUCUACCCAUGGAUCAAAACUACAGAACAUCACAGGGCCCACACCGGAGAGCAGGCUUACAAAUGUAAUGAAUCUGAGAGGGCUUUUUUUCAAACAUCCUGCCUUUGAUGUCUUUGAUGACAGAGCGUGAGUGGGGGAGGAGCAGAGCGAAAGGGAGACACGGAAUCUGAAGCAGGCUCCAGGCACUGAGCUGUCAGCACAGAGCCCGACGCGGGGC